CUCCUCUCGCGAGGCCCAGCGGAACAGAGCCAGGAGGCCCUGCAUCCUGUGGAGGUCGUUGGAGUCACUUGCUCGCCGCCAGCUCUUUCGCUUGCUGGUCCGCACCCCGCCCGCCCCAGCCAUGCUCUCCGCCCUCGCUCGGCCUGCCGGCGCCGCUCUCCGCCGCAGCUUCAGCACCUCGGCCCAGAACAAUGCUAAAGUAGCUGUGCUCGGGGCUUCUGGAGGAAUUGGGCAGCCCCUUUCACUUCUCCUGAAGAAUAGCCCUUUGGUGAGCCGCCUGACCCUCUAUGAUAUUGCUCAUACACCUGGAGUGGCUGCAGAUUUGAGCCACAUUGAGACCAGAGCGACUGUGAAAGGCUACCUCGGACCUGAGCAACUGCCAGACUGCCUGAAAGGUUGUGAUUUGGUGGUUAUUCCAGCUGGAGUCCCGAGAAAACCAGGCAUGACUCGGGAUGACCUUUUCAACACCAAUGCCACAAUUGUGGCCACCCUGACUGCUGCCUGUGCCCAGAAUUGCCCUGAGGCCAUGAUCUGUGUCAUUGCAAAUCCGGUUAACUCCACCAUCCCAAUCACAUCUGAAGUUUUUAAGAAGCAUGGAGUAUACAACCCUAAUAAGAUAUUUGGGGUGACAACCCUGGACGUUGUCAGAGCCAAUGCUUUUGUUGCAGAACUGAAGGGUUUGGAUCCAGCUCGAGUCAAUGUUCCUGUCAUUGGCGGCCAUGCUGGGAAGACCAUCAUCCCCCUGAUCUCUCAGUGCACUCCCAAGGUGGACUUCCCCCAGGACCAGCUGACAACCCUCACUGGACGGAUCCAGGAGGCUGGCACGGAGGUGGUCAAGGCUAAAGCUGGAGCAGGCUCUGCCACCCUGUCCAUGGCAUAUGCUGGAGCCCGGUUCGUCUUUUCCCUUUUGGAUGCAAUCAACGGAAAGGAAGGAGUUGUCGAAUGUUCCUUUGUUAAGUCCCAAGAAACGGACUGUACCUAUUUCUCCACACCAUUGCUGCUGGGGAAAAAGGGUGUUGAGAAGAAUCUAGGCAUCGGCAAAAUCUCCUCUUUUGAAGAGAAGAUGAUAGCUGAGGCCAUUCCUGAGCUGAAAGCCUCAAUCAAGAAAGGAGAAGACUUUGUAAAGAACAUGAAAUGAGAAAGCAGUUAGUGAGCAAUCCAUUUCCUUAACUUAUUAAGGCAUCAUGUCACUGUAAAAGCCAUUUCAGAUAUCUUUCUGUUUCAGUUUUGAUGAUGGAUAUGUAUUAACAUUACCAUCCCUUCCAGAUCAUGGGUCAGUUGACUACUGGUGCAUCAAUAAAAGCAGGCUUUGAUAUUCUU